AUGGACGGAGAGCCGCUGCUGAGAGCGGGAGCUGGUGGUGAUGACCGUGGUGGUGAUGGUGAUGCGGUAGUGAUCAAGUACACCUUUACUGGCAAGCUGACACUCUUCCCGCUCUUUGUCAUUCUGAUGUUUGCGGCGACAGGACUGCUGCUGACGAGAGGAACCCGACCGUACAACGCAGGCUACUUUACCUCGUCUGAGGUCUACUACGGCCUCGCUGGCCUCGCCAUGUUCAUCACCUCGCUCUGGUGUGUCCUCGCUAUUGCGCUCUGGGUUGUCUUCCGAGUCACAGUUGCUAUCACCCACGAGUCGAUGACAGUGACCAAGUCGGGCGUGUUCCGAUCAGCGAGCCUCUCCUUUGAUCGCAACGACCUCUCGCUGCACUACUUCCGUACCCACUACCUUGAGUCAUCGGCCUGGCUAAAACUGGUUGUCCGUGAGGGCGAGCGGUACUACGUCCUGCUCUCGUGGAAGGGCGCUGGCGAUCAAAAGGCGCGCUUUAUGGAGUUCUUCAACUCGCUGCAGCGGGUGCUUGCCACUGACGGCGGCCCGCUGCCUGCCCACGACGGCCGCGACGUCGAGCUCAUCUCCCGUGACGAGAUGACCUUCAUCACUCCCUUUGCCGCCCGCCUCCGUGCCCUCCAGGCCUCGCACGCUGCGCUCCGAGGCGGAUCGUCCAUGCUCACCUCGGCCGCCAACACCACAUGCCUCGAGGAUCUGUCGUUCUUCAACGGCGAUCGCUUCACCCGCCACUUUGUCGUCAACAAGGCCACCGGCGAGCCGCUCCUUGGCUGA